GAAGAGUUGUGAAUGUGGCGAGCGAGUGGACGAGCGUGUUUGUGUGUUGUUCAGUCAUUCUCUAACUAACGCCGCAAGUUUUUCCCCUGUGCUCAAGUGCUCACGGAUUUCUGCUCGUUUUCAGAUGGAUUCCACCUAAAAUUCGCGGCGGCCGUCAGCAGACCAUACCCGCCUGGAGUGGAGCUAAGUUGUUGAGGGGAAAACCAGCCGGGCAGGCUGUACCCGCAGGACGUGUGAGUGUGAAGUCCGUCCGCACGGCGAGAGCUAAUUCCAAAGUGGAGCAGAAGUGGUUAGUGUUGCGCCCGGGCGGAGAGAGAGUUGUGGCCUGGCGACUGUAGCCGGCCGGGAACAUGCUGGAUCUGUGCAACAAACGCUGGCCCAGGAAGCUGCUGCUGAUCGCCUGCCUGCUGUCCGUGCUGGUCUGCGUGCUGAUCAGCUACCGGGAGUGUUGCCAGCAGCCGGGCGGGCGGAGGCGGGACGACCCGGGCUUCCUGGCGGCGGAGUGGGGCCGCGGCAGGAACAUGGUCCGGUCCGUGUGGGACGAGGAGAUCUCGGAGACGUUCCUGUCGGGGCGUCGGCAGUACCGCAUGCACCUGCAGCAGGCGCGCUACGUGGACGCCAACUAUAACAUCGACGUGCGCGACGAGUUACCGGCCAACGCCGGGCCGCUGCGGAGGGACGGUACGGGCCCGGCGAGGCCGCGGCACCGCGUCCGGCAGACCAACCCGCACAACCCGCUCGCGUUCGGGUACCGAGACGAGGACGCCGACAGAUCCUCGGGAACGACAGACGCCACUCUGAACCCUCUCUUGUCCUCCAACAGCCUGAACGCCACACGGAAACUUCCCCAGGUUAUCAUAAUCGGAGUGAAGAAGGGAGGCACCCGCGCGCUACUGGAGUACCUGCGGCUGCACCCCGACAUCCGCGCCGUGGGACCAGAGGUCCACUUCUUCGAUAGGAAAUACGACAACGGACUGGAGUGGUACAGGCGUAAGAUGCCGCCCACCAUCGCCCGGCAGAUCACGAUGGAGAAGACUCCGAGUUACUUCAUCACGCGGGAGGUCCCCGCACGCGUCUACAACAUGUCGCGGGACGUCAAGCUCCUGGUCGUAGUUCGCGACCCCGUGACCCGCGCCAUAUCGGAUUACACCCAGACCGUCAGCAAGAAGAACACCAAGAAGUUCGAGGAGCUUGCGUUCAUCAACAACGCGACGGGGUUGGUCGACACGUCGUGGAGCGCGAUUCGCAUCGGGGUCUACGCCAAGCACCUGGAGAGGUGGCUCCAGUACUUCCCGCUGAGCCAGUUCAUGUUCGUUAGCGGCGAGGAGCUAAUUAGCAACCCGGGGAAGGAGAUGGGACUCGUGCAGAACUUCCUGGGGAUAAAGAAGGUCGUCAGCGAGAAGCAUUUCUACUUCAACCAGACGAAAGGUUUCCCGUGCCUGAAGAAAAAGGAGGGUAGCAGCAGUCCGCACUGUUUGGGUAGAACUAAGGGGCGCGCCCACCCCGACAUAGAACCCAACGUGAUACAGAGACUACGGGACUUCUACCGACCCUUCAACAUGAAAUUCUACCAGAUGACGGGAAGGAAUUUCAACUGGCCGUGAAGAACUCACCUCGGACGCUACAAAUGUGCCGGUCGUAGGGCCAGGGAUACAUACAGUGAAACCAAGAGGUACUCUAGCAGGCAACCUGCUACUGUAGUGUGGAAUCCUUAUAUAUUUGUUAGGACCAAACUUGGGCGGGAUUGGGUAGGCCAGGUGUUCUGUGGCUGAGCUAUCAGCACAAUAUACAGAUGAUCAUGAAAUUUGGGCCUUUUGAGCGUAGGGGCCCCCUACGCUGUGAUUUGGACCCCUAUGCUGUAAUUUGGACCCCUAUGCUGAAAAUAUGCAACAAAAGAAAAACCUUAACUUCGUAAAAUCUGUCGCUCAAUAGUGUCUCAGGGUUAUGUCAAAUUUUUUUGUACCUGACCCCUAUGCUGUGAAAAAAUCCUGGUGAGAACAUUGUUAUGAUACCACAGAACGCCGGUAUGACACCACAGAACACCUGGCCUGUCAGAAGCCGCCAUCUUGACAGUCAAACAUGUGCAAGGUCAGACACUUACCGUAGGUCACCCUCAGAGGAACGACUUUUACCUGUGCAAACUAGACGUCCUGGACACCUGCCGCUCAGGUGUUCCGUUUCUCACCUGUACGCCCAGGAGGGGGCCUGCAGGUGAGAAACACACAGCCCCUUCGUCAGCCAUUUCCAAGAAAUGAGAAAAAGAGGCAAAUCAUUCUGAAUCUACGGGGCCAACAUAGGGGGACCCUGUUAUUCGGGCAGAUGUGUCCCGUUCUUUACACUGCAAAAAAGCAUGUGGUUAACAAUGGCUCUAAUUCUACUGCAGGUUGUUUCAGAAAUAUCUAAAUAAAUUGAAAAACAUAUUCAAAUUUUUAUUUUCAAAUUUAUGAAAAAUUUAGAACUCUUGUUUAACCGCGCGGUGACUUGGAAUGGACUCUAAAAUUUUAUUUUUUUCCAAAUGAUCCAAAAUUAUUACAAUCUUUAUUUAUAAACCCUCUUACUAGUUAAAGUGACUUGGACUUGACUCUACUGCAGAAAAUUUAACCCCUAUUUUGGUUCCCCGCAGUUCAGAAUGGUUUGCCUCUUCUUGUACAGUUGUGUAAUACAAAUGUAUAUAUAUAUUCCUUGCCACAUUGGCAACCUACGGGUACGUGUAAAAAUACAAAUGGAAUUUUUGCCCUUGGUGCUCUGUUCUGUAUGUAUCGGACCAUGACAGUAGAUAGUGCCUGCUUAGGGUCUAACAUUCUCUAACUACUACUACUACUGUACUCUCUAACACCUCCCAACAAAGUCCCGAUAAAAUCCCGAAAUUUCCAGCACUUUUCCUUGCCAACCUCCAAUCAAGAAAACCCAUACAUAACCUAAAAUUGGUUUAUUGUUUCGAUUGUAUAACAAUACACUAAAAUAAAAAACGUUUAACUCGGUGUCUAGCCUAACCAGAAGUGGUACAGCCAGUCCUAGAGGUGCUUUUCAGACCUGGUUUGCUGAAAUGAACAAAAUCCCCUCCAAAAGUCUAACUAAAGUCAACUUCCCCAAAUGGCAAGAAACUGGUUCAUGAAAAUAUUGAAACACAAAAGUUUCCUUCCACACCUUUUUCUGUUCUGAACCAUCAAAGGUGCCAGGUCUUCUCAGUAACCAUUUGACAGGAAUAGGAUAUAUGAGUUUUCUUUUACACAACCAAACUUGUCUUGCCCUGUUUGUGUUUCAGUGUCUAUCAGACACCUUCCUCAGAGCUUCUGACUGGAGUUCUGCUUCUCACCACUAUAUCAUAUGUAGUAGCAAGGUAGGAGAAGUCUGGUUGUGUAAAAGGAAAACUCCUAUCUCCUAUACUCUUACCAGCCUGCUGAAACUAUUUUUUGGGAAAUCUGACCGGAAUGUCUGAAAUUUGCCCCUUCAGCAGACAAGUUCCUGACACAAGAAGUUUUCCACCUGCCCAGUUCCUUAGGGAAUGUCUUAAAGAUGCAGGUGUGCGGAAGGAGGAAUUUUUCUGCAGGACCAGUGUGGGUUUUCCUGCCAUGUCAUUUCCUCACUAUCAGGGAUCAGCUUGCCACUUUCCGGGUACACGCAACAGUACUAGUACCCUACUCCAGAUUGUCAGAAAUUCUGCCACAAAACAAGAAAUUCUGCCACAAAAGAAGAAAUUCUGCUACAAAACAAGAAAUUCUGCUACAAAAUAAGAGAUUCUGCUACAAAAGAAGAAAUUCUGCUACAAAACAAGAAAUUCUGCUGCAAAACAAGAAAUUCUGCUGCAAGAUAAGCAGUACUAUGCUCUCAGAUAUUCUGCUACAAAACUAGCAGUACUAGAAAUUCUGCUACAAAACAAGAAAUUCUGCUACGAAACAAGCAGCACCUAAAAUUUUUGCUACAAAACAAGCAGUACCAUGCUCAAAGAAAUUCUGCAACAAAACAGGCAGUACUAUACUCUUACAUGAGGUUUAUUGACAACAGAGAGCCUGAUUUUUUUUUACCCGGCAAACUUACAAAUUGUCUCUGAAGGGGCAGUCUUGAUUUUCUGGAGGUUGGUAUCCAGUAGCCUGAUGGUGCAACAUUUCUCCUGUGUCCUGUGCAGGACUAGAGCAGUCCUGUUUCACAAAUAUGUGCCGUGUUUGGAGGUUAAACAGACCCCUGCUAACUAUGUUGAUUGCUGAGCCAUGGUAUUAAAUAUUGUUUCUCUUUUCCGAACUAACUAAACAGCACUAAUCUGUUUACUCCACGUCUUCCGACUGUUUACAGUAUUUCUGUUGUUGUUAUUGUUGACUCGAGCCUUCUUCAGGGCGGGUGCUUCCUUUCGCAGGAACUUCAGGGAUUACGUUUUCUGUUAGACUUUGGGUAGAAAAAUGAACUCUAAUUAGCAAAUUUCUGUACAUGUUUGGUAGUGUUACAUCUACAUUUGCAGGAAAGUGGUCUUCCGUGAGUAAAGAAGCUAUUUUUUUACACAACCAAGUUUUUAUUCACAGCCGACGUUUCGGUGACCGUCUGUCACCUUCCUAACUGUUUCAUGUCAGCUGUGAAUAAAACCCUUGGUUGUGUAAAAAAAUAGCUUCCUUACUCAGUGACUUACCAACCUGAUGAAACUAUUCACGGAAGUGGUCUUCCAUGUUACUGUUACUGGUGUUAGUUUGAAUUCUAGUCAUUCCUUCCCCACCAUGGCAGUGGUAGCAACAUGAACAUGUCAGUGUUACCGUGUUUGUUUCUGUGUCAUACAUUCCCUACCUUCUGUCCCUGAACUCUGUUUGUAUAUAGUUUCCUCGAAUAAUAUUUAUACUUGGGGUCUGGAUUCCGAAGAGUCUGUUGAUGUAGAGAGCGAACCACGACAAAACCCCACCAACUUGUACAUUUCCUAUGUGUGACAUUCACACGCCAGAGAAUUAAAUGACACUAUUUUCUU